UCGACAGAUCGCAUAAUACUCUUUUGUUGGAAAAAUUAAAAAUUAUCGGCCAACCGUUUGACUGCAAAGUUAAGGACUCGAAUACAAUGAGUAAUAUCGCCGAAGGCCCGUUUAGUAUUGAAGCUAUCACCAGCGAAGACCGGCAAGCGGUAAUCGAUUUUUUAAGACAAUUUUUUUACCGCGAUGAACCACUGAUUAUUGCACUUGACAUGACGGUUGAUGUCAAAGCAAUGGCCAAAUUGGAAGCUUACUGUAAUUCGCUAUUGGACAAUGGACUAGCGUGCAAAGCUGUAUCUGCAGACGGACGUUUAAUUGGCGUUAUCUUGAACGGUGUUAAAUGUAAGUUGGACAAGCACGAAGACGAUACCGAGGACGACACUAAGUUUCAGCAUAUUACUAAAUUUCUCAACAAAGUCGACAAAGAAGCGAAUUUCUUUUGUCAGUAUCCAAACGUUUGCCGAGCACUCACUAUCGAUAUUGUUGCAGUGGACCACAAGUACAGGGGAAAAGGAGUAUGCAAAUCACUAAUGGACAAGGCUAGAGAGUUGGCAUUAAAAAACCGAUGUUCAAUGAUUUAUGUGGAGUGCAGCAGUUAUUUUUCCGCCAAAGCAGCGGAAAAACUAGGAUUCCAAUGUAUUUACACGUUGUCCUACAAAGACUACUUAAACGACCAAGGACAACCAAUUUUCAACCCUCCGCCGCCGCAUACACAGUCUAAGGUGUAUGUCCUACCAUUAGACAACAACUGAACGCUUCUUCGGUUCUUCGUGAAAAAUCAUACAGCUAAUCAGCUUACUAUAGUUAAAUUAAGCUUACAGUGGGAGUUGAUAUCGUCAAUGAAUUAUUUGAUAAGUUGUUUACAACAUGUUUUGGCCAACACGUUACGUUAUUCAUAUGUAUUUCACGGUAUGAUAAAGUGUUUUUUUUUUUUAUGGUAUAGUUAAGUAUAGCUUUUUUUCAUUUUUAACCCUUAUUUGUUCUUCAGUUUUAGUUCUCAACCUUUGUCGUUACUACUUUUCCCCACAAUAUCUGUUUGUGGCCAAUUCAUUUUACACCUCUAUAAUGUCCACAUUCUUGUACACUAAUCUCUUUAAUUCAUAGAACGAAUGGAGCUUAACAACUUGUUCAAUAAAAUAUAUCUGUCAUUUCACUUUUACACAUCGCAAAUUAUUCUAUUCUGCUAUGCUUCCCACACUUACACGGUAAACUCAUCUGGUGUUACCUCUUUUUUACAUUCCACCUUUUUGUACUACCUCUCCCUAAUUGCAUUUACUGACUAAAUAAUUUCCUGUUUCAACUCACUUAGACUAUAACAUGUUUAUGUCUUGCUAGCAAAUACUGAUUUCUGUUUUUCAACAAACCUCGCACAUUCGUCAAGUGUUUGGUUUUAUUUUCUCUGUUACUCUGUUUGUUUUACAGUUACCUUCGCUUUUUUGCAUUACUGUAGGAUAUUAAAUUA